UUCGAGCUCCAUUUCUUAUACUUGUAUCUCGGCUAAAUUACACAUUUGGUCACUCAAAUUACACAAAUAUUUCAUGUUUGCCACCCGAAUUAUUUUUCUUUCUUAUUCGCCACUAACGUUACGAAUUGUUUCACCGUUAGUCACUGGCCGUUAGUCUCCGUUAACUCCGUCAGUUUUUAAUGACGUGGCAAACGAAAUUGUUGACUGGACCGUUAACUUAAUGACAUGUCAAUUUAAAAUAAUAAUAAAAUAAUUAUCACCCAUCUCAAUUGCAAUUCCGUGGGUAUUAAUUAAUAAAUUAGUGAAACAAGAAAUGAAAAGAAGAUAAAAACAAAGUCAAAGAAAAUGUAGGCUACGAGAAUGUGAGACAUACAAAUCAUCAUUCUGGAUCCUCUGCUUCAAGAGAAGAGCACAUACAGAGAGGGCGGAUGUGGUUACGGGGACGAAGAUUAGGGUGGUGAGAGUGAGGGUUAUGGGGUUUGUAAAAUGACCGGGAUUUAUUGGGUUAAUAAGGCAGAUGGUUUGAUGGCGGCGGUUGGUGGCGAAACAAUGCCGGAGAUUGGACUUGGUGACCGGAAAACUUACCUUCAUCCACCUGGAAUGCCUGAAUCCCCAACAUCGGAAAUCCAGCUUGCAAAUAUUCUUGGUGUGAUUGAGGCCUGAGGGUCCACAAUCAAAAGAGGAAGUAGGGAUUUGGCUGAAUCUUCAUUCUUCAGAUCUCCUUCUUUGAUUUUCUCUAUGUAGAUGCCGUUAAGAAGUCCAUUCUCCUCUGCACAUGCACUCAUAUUCCCCCAUCUCCCGCCGCAUCGUUCAAGCUUUUCUCGAUUUUCUGGUAUCUUGUUCUACCGCGUGGGUGCGGCUUACGUCUCUACUGAGGACACCCAUGACGAGGAGAUUAAGCAGGAGAGGAGCAGCACUGAAAUCCGAUGAAGAGGUCUUCUACCGAUUUGGGGUUUUCUGGGAUUUCUUAAGGGAGCGCCAAGUGGAGGGAGCGGCGGCAAGGAGCCAUGAAAGGGAGCGGCGACGGCAGGAGAAGUCGAACGUAAAAGGGGAUGAGAAGGGGUAGGGUUUUAAUUUUGUUUUUCGUUUUAGCUCUUUAAAAAAUAAAAGAAAAUUAAAUUAUAGGUUUUGGUCAAUUGUGUUGGGUAAGGCCGACUAGGAGGUAAAUUUUGUUUUUUUAUAUUAUUUUAAAUUGACAUGUGAUUAAGUUAACGGUCCAGUGAUCAAUUCUGUUUGCCACGUCAUCAAAAAACUGACGGAGUUGACGGAGUGCAACAGAGACUAACGACCGGUGACUAACAGUGAAACGAUUCGUAAAGUUAGUGGCGAAUAAGAAAGAAAAGUAAUUCGGGUGGCAAACAUAAAAUAUUUGUGUAAUUUGAGUGACCAAACGUGUAAUUUAGCCAUUGUAUCUCUAUCAUUUAUCGUGUAAAUGAUGAAGAAAAUGGAACUCCUACAUCAAAACUAGCCACAACUCAUAACGUCAGGAAACCAGAAAUUCUGAAAACAUAUAAUCUCAAUUGAUACACUAAUUCAAACUAACAUUACCUGGCCCAACCACAACUCAGGUUAUCAGAAAACCAGAAGCUAUUGAAAACAUAAAAUUCCAAUGAACACACAAAUUCAAACUAACAUUACCCGGCCAACGGACGGACUUCAACCUAGUUAACAAUAUAUUACCUUAUCAUCACUGCGACGACCUUCCUUGAUUUGUGUCUUGCCGCAUAUGAAUAAUAUUCAGAAUAUAGC